UCUUUCGAUGCAGGCCUAGAAGCUUCUCAAAGCGUCGUUCUCCUUCUCCUGCCUGUUUAUAUGAUCUUGUUCACUAGAGGUACUAGACGGCAACUAAAAUUUGUUCUGUUAACUACAGUUUUGGUUUUUCUGUUUCUGUAUUUACAUUAACACAGAAUUAUUUCUUGAGGAGCUAUUGUUUUCGUAUAUCUGGAGAUGGGUGUGGAUUAUUACAAAGUUCUUAAGGUAGGGCGAAGUGCAACGGACGAUGAUCUGAAGAAGGCGUACAGAAAAUUGGCAAUGAAAUGGCAUCCUGACAAGAAUCCAAAUAAUAAGAAGGAAGCUGAGGCCAAAUUUAAAGAGAUUUCUGAGGCUUAUGAGGUUUUAAGUGAUCCUCAAAAGCGGGCAAUUUAUGAUCAGUAUGGUGAAGAAGGACUGAAAGGAGUUCCUCCACCUGAUGCUGGUGGCUCUGGUUCCUCCUAUUAUAAUGGCAAUGCCGGACCAAAUGUGUUUAGAUUUAACCCCAGGAAUGCAGAAGAUAUAUUUGCAGAGUUCUUUGGUGGUUCAAGCCCUUUUGGAGGAAUGGGUGGCUUUAGCAGCACAAGUACAAGAGGUUCAAGAUUUCAUGAUGGAAUGUUUGGAGGGUUUGGUGGCACUGAAAAUGUUUUUAGAUCCUUUGGUGAUGCAUCUGCUGCUGGACCUCGUAAGGCUGCCCCGCUGGAAAACAAGUUGCCAUGCACCUUGGAAGAGCUUUAUAGUGGCUCUACAAGAAAAAUGAAAAUAUCACGAAAUAUUGUGGAUGCUAGCGGGAAAUCAAUCCCAGUUGAGGAGAUUUUAACAAUUGAGGUUAAACCUGGAUGGAAGAAAGGAACAAAGAUUACGUUUCCUGAAAAGGGCAAUGAGCAGCCAGGUGUCGUUGCUGCUGAUCUUGUGUUUGUGAUUGAUGAGAAGCCACACAGCGUUUACAAGAGGGAAGGCAAUGAUCUAGUAAUUACUCAAAAAAUUUCUCUCGUAGAAGCACUAACAGGUUGCACGUUGAAUUUGGUAACUUUGGAUGGUAGGAAUUUAAGCAUUCCUGUUACGGAAGUUGUCAGUCCCGGCAGUGAAAAAGUAAUACCAAAUGAAGGAAUGCCCAUCGGCAAAGAACAUGGACGGAAAGGCAACCUACGCAUUAAGUUUGAUAUCAAAUUCCCAACUAGGUUGACUCCUGAGCAAAAAAUAGGCUUAAAGAGGAUACUUGGGGGUUAAAUUUUCCUUCUGGAAUGACUAUCAGUGCAACUAGAUCUCUUAAUUUCCUAUAUGGUUUGAAGGAAAUCUUGUAUGGUUAAGAGAUAGAUUAAGGACUGGGUUCGAACCAACUGGUCCCACAAGGGUCAUAUUAAGGGUCAUAUUGGUUUGCAAGUGCAUGUAUUAUGGCGCCAGAUCUUGAAAUUAUACUCUUUUGCUGGAGGAUAUAACCUAUCCCCUAAACUGUAAUGAUUGAAGAGUAUUUUUGCAUCCAAACCAAAUUGGUUUUAUCAUGAGAUUGUACAUUCAUUGGAUGAAAUAUUAAAACAAAUUUUCUUAGAAAAUUUUCAGGUUCC